GUUAGACCUUUGGAAGGCAGACAAAUCCAUGGAGAAGGAAUAAUAACGACUCGAUUCGCCUGAUGUUUAAUCUGAUGUCUUGGGAACUGAGUAUGCAAGAAAAAAAUUUCUUUCCAUGAAGAGCAAUGUCCCACAGGGACUUAAUGUGAUCAGGGGUUGAAUAACAAGAGGAAAUGUCUCCAAUGAGCAGGCAUAUGAAGCUGUAAAUUUCUCCGCUGCAGGUGUCCCUCAGCAUAUGCAACCUUGGGCUGGAUGGGACAUCCUUGUUUCUUUCGGAGUCUAUAUCUGCUGGCUCAGGGGUACUGAUUCUUUCCUUUCUCCUACUGUCUUUUCUUGGAACACAGCCUCAGUCUCCACCAUCAACCAUCCAGGGAGGAAUUUGCACUUCUAGAUUGAGACCUUCAUUUCAGAAAACCCAACAGGUCACAUCACAAGAUGAAAUCAUGGAACAAUACAAUAAUUUUAGAAUUUCUUCUCCUGGGAAUUUCAGAGGAACCAGAAUUGCAGCCCUUCCUCUUUGGGCUGUUCCUGUCCAUGUACCUGGUCACUGUGCUCGGGAACCUGCUCAUCAUCCUGGCCACAAUCUCAGACUCCCACCUCCACACCCCCAUGUACUUCUUCCUCUCCAACCUGUCCUUCGUAGACAUCUGUUUUGUCUCUACCACUGUCCCGAAGAUGCUGGUGAACAUCCAGACACACAACAAAGUCAUCACCUAUGCAGGCUGCAUCACCCAGAUGUGCUUUUUCUUACUCUUUGUAGGAUUGGAUAACUUCCUUCUGACCGUGAUGGCCUAUGACCGGUUUGUGGCCAUCUGUCACCCUCUGCACUACAUGGUCAUUAUGAACCCUCAACUCUGUGGACUGCUGGUUCUGGCGUCCUGGAUCGUGGGUGUUCUGAAUUCCAUGUUACAAAGCUUAAUGGUGUUGCCACUGCCCUUUUGUACACACAUGGAAAUCCCUCAUUUUUUCUGUGAAAUUAAUCAGGUGGUCCACCUUGCCUGUUCUGACACCUUUCUUAAUGACAUAGUGAUGUAUUUUGCAGUAGCACUGCUGGGCGGUGGUCCCCUCACUGGGAUCCUGUACUCUUACUCUAAGAUAGUUUCCUCCAUACGUGCAAUCUCAUCAGCUCAGGGGAAGUAUAAGGCAUUUUCCACCUGUGCAUCUCACCUCUCAGUUGUCUCCUUAUUUUAUGGUACAUGCUUAGGGGUGUACCUUAGUUCUGCUGCAACCCACAAUUCACACACAGGUGCUGCAGCCUCAGUGAUGUACACUGUGGUCACCCCCAUGCUGAACCCCUUCAUCUACAGUCUGAGGAAUAAAGACAUAAAGGGUGCUAUGAAAACAUUCUUCAGAGGAAAGCAAUAGAAAGGCUAUUUUUCAAGAAAGGCCUGUGACUUCAGAGCUCUAAGCCCCAGAGCCAGAAAUGGUGAUUUGUUAAUAAGAUGGUGGAAGGAAGACUUGCCCCUUCCAUUUAUUUCCUGGAGUUUAAACUUCUUUGUUCCUCAACUACUUUAUAGAGUUUACACUAUUCUUCUUAGAGUCAGAGAUGACCUUAAAUAUGACGGAAUAUAAUUUUCAAUCAUACAUGAAAUAACUAUGGAAUAUUUGUUUUCGUUGGGGUACAUUUACUCAUUGAAGUAGAGGAGCCUGGUGUCCACGCAUCACUAGGUUUGUUCAUCUGAGUGAAGGAUUGAGUGCCAUGGUGUAUGUAAUGUCCUUGCAUCACUCUGCUACUUCUGCCUAAUGUUUUCCAGUGCUGCCUACAAAUAUGACUCCUUCCAUUGUCCUAACAUCUCUUCCUUAAAAAUGUCAUAAGCAUCAAAGUGUUGACAAGUGAACAAUAUAUG